GCUAAGCACUACCAGCUAAACUAAAGGCUAAAGCUAGCAACACACGGGUAAAUUGCAUUGGUUUCGCCGGACUGAUAAGAUAUAUACUAUCAAUAACAUAGUGGUGGAGGGGCAUAGUUCUCUCUGUGCGCUGUGAUUAUGUAGUUAGCGAUGAAUGAAACAGGAGUUCAAUCACUACUGGUGUCAGCUUCGCUGGACAUAAGAUGGCGACAGAGCUGAGACGCUUUUGGAAGCUUGGGUCAUUGAGCCGUAUCUGCACCUUCUCCCUUCUAUUUCUGUUUGUGCAUUGUCAUACGUGUAAACAUCAAGUCCCAUCUCCGUCGGAGGUUGUCCAUAAAGUAUACCUGAAGUCUGAAAGAUUAACCAAAAGAAGUUCUGAUCAACAAUUGAAGAUAAAGAUAAUUUAUGAUUCAAGUGUGGAUAAGUUAACUUCAGACAAAAGAAGACUUGUGAAGGAUAAACUUUUUCCACAAGCAAUUGCUUAUCUACAGAAGGCAUUUCAGGUUCGCCGGCAAGCAGGACCUGUAUUACUCAGCAGACAAUGUGUGACCAAUCAGUAUCUGAGGAAGAAAGAUGACCCUCACCGCUACUGCCAGGGAGCAUGUGCAGACAUCACUAAGUGUGGACCCGUCAUUGUUCCUGAGGAUCAUCUGCAGCAAUGCAAGGUGUGCAGCGAGACAGGGAGGUCAUGUGGCUCAGCAGGGCCUCCGGACGGGAAGGGGGUGGAGGGGGCUGACGUUGUCCUCUACGUCAGCGGGGUGACUACAGAACGCUGUGGACAGGAGAAUAUUGUGGCCUAUGCUGCAUACUGUCAACUGGAGUCUGAGCUGGACAGACCCAUUGCUGGAUAUGCCAACCUGUGCCCCAAUAUGAUAUCCACCCAACCUCAGGAGUUUGAGGGCAUGCUUUCAACCGUCAAACACGAAAUCAUACAUGCCCUGGGUUUUUCAGCAGGGCUGUUUGCAUUUUAUCACGAUGAUGAUGGCAAGCCAUUGACACCUCGGUUUGCAAGUGGACUACCACCAUUCAACGAGAGUUUAGGCCUGUAUCAGUGGAGUGAUGCAGUGAUACGUAAAGUGACUCGAUUAUGGGACAUCCGUGGUGGCAUGAUGGUCCGACAUGAAGUGCAUCUUCUAGUGACACCACGUGUUGUGGAAGAGGCGAGGAGACACUUUGGCUGUCCCAUCCUGGAGGGUAUGGAGCUGGAGAACCAGGGAGGGAUGGGUACUGAGCUGAACCACUGGGAGAAGAGGCUACUAGAGAACGAAGCAAUGACUGGAUCUCACACCCAGAACAGAGUGUUUUCUAGGCUCACCUUGGCCAUCAUGGAAGACACAGGUUGGUACAGAGCCAACUACAGCAUGGCAGAGAGGCUGGACUGGGGCAAGGGCCUGGGCUGUGACUUUGUGAUGAAGAGCUGUAAGUUCUGGAUUGAAAGGCAACGUCAGAGUCGUAAAGUGGUGACCCCUUACUGUGACACAGUGCGGGCCACACCCCUCCAGCUCACCUGCAGGCAGGACCAGCUGGCUGUGGCCGUCUGCAACCUGCAGAAGUACCCUCAGGAUCUGCUCCUGGACUACCAGUACUUUGACCAUAUCCCUGAAGUCUCUGUGAUGGAUCUGGCCUCCUACGGUGGAGCUGUGGAGAUCGCUGACUACUGUCCCUUCAGCCAGGAGUUCAGCUGGCACCUGAGUGGAGAGUACCAACGCAACUCCUACUGCAGGGUCCAGGAGAACCAGCCCGAUUCGUGGAGGAACUACGGAGCUGAGCAGUAUGGUCCAGACUCAGUGUGUUUGUACCAGAAGACUGCCUUCAUCAUGGAGCAGUGUACCAGGCGCAUGACCUACCCUGACUGGGGAAGUGGCUGCUAUAAGAUGUCUUGCUCUACUCAGGGUCUGACAGUGUGGGUGCAGGACACUGCAUACCAGUGUGUGCGUACGGGUCAGCUGCUGAGCGUCAGCGUGCGUAUUAAUGACUGGGUCUACAAUGGGGUUCUCGUCUGUCCUGCCUGCUCAGACUUCUGUAGCGCCUGCCCUAUACCACAACAGCUCCCCCCCCUCAAUACCACCAGGAGAGUUCCUAUUGACCCUUGCUCCAGUUCCUCCAGCUUAGUGGUACCUCUGUGGCUUCAACUGUUCAACUUCAUCCCUCUGCUAGCUGAAUUUAUCCUGUGUGUGUGGAACUGACUGACUAGCUGGUUGACUGGCAGACUGUUUGACUGGUUGACUGGCUGGCUGGCUGGCUGACUAACUAACUGUAAGGUUCUCUCUCUGGGGCUGCGGCCCAAAUGGAACCCUAUUCCUUAAAUAGUGCACUACUUUAGAUGGGCCUAUGGCCAUAGGCCCUGGCCAAAAGUAGUGCUCUAUAUAGGGAAUAGGGUGCCAUCUGGGAUGCAAUCUGGCAGCCCGUUUUGUAGUCGACCAUACUUGGCCAUCCCACAACCUCAGGCAUCCCAUUCCAGGGUUCCACAGUCCAGUUGGAAAGGAUUUGAUCCUUGGAAAAUCAUGAAGGAAAAGUCAGGAAAGUUGUUUAGGAAUCAAUCACAUUAACCCAAUCGAAGUCAGGGAAAUUUGUGAUACUUUUGAACAAAUGUUUCGUAAAACAAAAUGCAGUGCAAAAUAUGUAUUUUAAAUAUGUAUUGUAAAUGUAAAUGCCUACAAGAACGAUUUGAACCACAAUACCUUAUCUGUCCAGUUUAGAAACAUUUCUACAACAUAGAACUUGUUUUAAUGUUACAGUUUUGGAACAGACAAGAAAGACCGUGGCCCAUUGUGAAUGUUCAUGAAAUUGCUAGAUACUUUCAGAAAAGGGGAAAAAUAAGCCAUUGAUUGUACUUCUCUUUUUGUCAAACUAACGAACGAGGUGCCAGCAAGCUGUAAGCAAAAUCAGAAGAAGCCAUACCCCAAGGGUAGAUAGAUGAUCACGGUGAGGUGCCGGUGCUACUUUAUGAAUGACCCCCUAUUCUAACACUAAAACAUACUAUAUUCCCCUCAGGGGGACUGUAGCAUGUACAGUUUCCUAGUGUUGUCAUGCAAGGUUUGUAACAUUCUUAGACCUCAUAUGAAACAUCUACAUUUUCAGUUAGCAUUUUUAUAACAAGUUCUCAGAUGAUUCAACGCCACUCAAUGUAACAAUGCAGUAUUACCAUUUUUGACAGCAGAUUGUUGUUAGCGCGUAGUUGUUUCCUGGUGAAAGUUCUAUAUCUGGCAAACUGGGAAGGUGCUCUAAAAGUUUGAUUGUCUUAGUUAGGCCCUUAAAAUAUCAAUUUUGGUGGAAUAUUAGAUGCUUUUGAUGAUUUUGUAGAUGCAUGUGUGAAGAUAAAGGUGUAGCUGAAAUGAAAAUGGCACCAAGACUAUUUCACAGUGCAGUAAAAUAACAGGCAGGAUAGUAGUGAUGAUGCUUGAUGUAGAUUGUAGUUAAAACGUUUUUUAAUGAUUUUCAUAAUUAAUGGACUAAUAUAUUAUUUAAAAAAUAACAUUUUACUGGUGAGGGAGGGAACAAGACUUUAUAUAUUAAUAAUUAUAAUUGUUUAUGUUUGAUGCCUUUAAAUCCCCUAUAACGAGCCAGAGAUGAUGUGGAAUUCACCUUGAUACUUACUGUACGUAUUGUGUGUCUGUUAUGUGGGAAGAUGAAUUGUGAACAGCCAUAAUGUACACCUGCUGAAGUGAAUAGGCACUUGCCAGUUUCAGAUACUCUUUUAGCUUCAAAGUUGGUCAGGGCAUUAUUCCAUAGUACCUAUAAUGGAAUAGAUUUAGUAAUGCAAUUAUAUAGUACUUACACACAGUUAUACAGUAGGACUUACCGCUGUAUAUUCAAUUUAAAGUUAAAGGGAUAAAAAGCAUCAAGUACUAUAUGAUGGUUAUAUGCCUCUAGUAUUCCACUGUAAUGUAGUGUGGACAUAUUUGACUUGAGUGACUUGUUAUUUUGUUUUGUCUAAUUUCAGUUGACAUGGUGUGCUUUUACCAUAUUUUAAUGUUCCUCUGGCUAUUUUUUAAAUGCACUGGACAAUACAACUGAUCUUGAUUAGUGAAGUAACAUCAGUUAAUUUUGCUAUUUAACUUGAAUCUUGUACGGUGUAGGGUAUGGCUUUUAUAAAUAUGGCACAAUUAGCAACAUUUAAAUUGUCCCUCUUCUCUAAGCACUCCACUGAAUAUUGAGUAAUUCAUUUGAGCAUACACUUGGUAUGAAACAAUUUGGCAACCUUACAUUUUUGGUUUAUGUUAUGUGCCUGAGGUUGGAUUUUAACAUGCAUUGCAAAUGGCAUUAACAAAACAAUCACAACCGAUUACAAGAUGGCAGGACACUAAAGACUAAUAAUGCCAUGUCUAUCUGAAGUGUAGUUUAACAUGGCCUAAAAUCAAACACGUCGAACAGUACUCAGUACGGUGUACACAGUAGUAUGUAAAUCCCUUAUUGCACUACAGUUAAAGAAGUGCCACUGACAUGCCAUUUUAUAUUGUUUAUGGUCCUAUGUAGUAACUUGUUAUUGUUAGGUGAGUAAUAGUGUUAUGGUUUUUAUGCUACUUCUGUUUCUGAAGAUAUGAAAAUGUGAUUUCAAUAACUGUGAUAAACAAAUGAGCAGCUACUGAUUACUUUUUAGUUUUCACUUUUUUGCACACUGGUUUAAAAUAUAUUAAUUAUUUUCCUAUAUAAUAGGCCUAGAUCUUUGGAAACUUGUUGUUUUUAAGUUUCAUUAUGGAUCCAGUUGGAUUUGUAUUGUGGGUCAUUUUGCAGCUGCUUGUAGAGGUUUUGUUUUCUGUAUGGUUGCCAACAGGGUCUACAUCAAUUAUGGGAACAUUUAUAUUUCAUCAUGAGAAGGAACAAAACUGUAAUGUGAUGAGGUGAAUUGAGACCACAAAAUGGCUGAGAGUGUGAUUGUUGGUCUAUCUGUUAAUUGAAAUUACUGUACCAGAAUGCUGCCUAAUGGGAUAGUUAAAUAUUUUUUAUGGAAAAGACAAGUUAGACUAUUCACCUUUUGUCAUUUGUACCUGUGCAAUUGUCUGCAUUAGAAUGUCUUGUUUGUUUUUUAGUUAUAUUCCAGGGCUACAAGUGAAGGAUGGCAGUGCUUUUAUUUGUGAUAAUUCUUUGUUGUACGAGAGUCCAUUGUGUAGUGUGUGUGUGUGGAAAAUGUGUUGAUUUAAAAAAUAGUGUGUUUUACAGUAUCAAGGAAGCAGGCAAUACGUGUUGAACAGUAGGAUUUCUUUUUCUUACAGCUUACUGGUGGCAAUCUUCUGAUGGUCAUUGUGAGUGAAUAUGAAAAGAAUAUAAGGACAUUUCCAUGUUAUUUUUCUCAACAUGAAGAAACAUAUGACGUUUGUUUGAAACAGUACAAAAAUGAAGAACAUGCAUAUACCUAAAAACUUUGCUUAAUGUACAGAGACCAAAUAUAUUUCUAUGCAGAAAUCUAGGGUUUUCAAUUGUACAUAAAUUUAAAAUGGCUUUAAAAAAUCCUGUUAAGUUAACUCAUCAAAUAUACACUGAGUGUACAACACAUUAGGAACACCUUCCUGAUAUUGAGUUGCACCCCUUUUUGCCCUCAAC